AUGUCCGACGAAGAGGAGGAUGAUCUAAAUUUCAAACCGGGAGCAGAGAUCUCAAGCAGCAAAACGACAUAUACGGUUAGCAAAUUACUCGGCGAAGGAGGUUUUGGAGCAGUCUAUCGGGUAAAAGAUAACAAGACGGGAAUGCACUAUGCGAUGAAGGUCGAAAGGAAAAUGGAGAAGCGAAAGCAUUCGAAGCUUAAAAUGGAAAUUGCGAUUCUCAAACUCGUCUCCAACGGCCGCCAUUUCACAUCGAUUGUUGAUCGCGGCAAAAAGGACAAAGAGGGCUAUUUCUUUUUGGUGAUGGAGCUCGUCGGCAAGAGUUUGGCCGAUUUGAAGCUUGAGCGCGAUAACAAAGUGUUCUCGUACAAUACGGGCCUCGGCGUUUCGAAGCAAUGCUUGGAAGCUUGCGAGGAUCUCCACAAGCAUGGAUUCAUUCAUCGCGAUUUGAAGCCGCAAAAUUAUGCGUGUGGUCUUGAGACGAAAAAACAUUUGAUCUACAUUCUCGAUUUCGGCAUUGCGAGGAAGUUUCUAAACGAGAAAAAUGAGUUGAAGACACCGCGCGAGAGCGUCGGCUUCAAAGGCACCAUCCGAUUCGCGCCGCUCGCGUGUCAUCGCGGCAUCGAGUUGGGUCCCAAAGAUGAUUGCGAGAGCUGGUUCUACUUGCUAUUAGAUUUAAUAGUCGCUCCUGGGCUUCCAUGGCGAAAAAUCAGCGACAAGAACGAAGUGAUGAAAUGCAAAGAAGAAUGCCGAAAGGAAAAGAAGGACCUACUCUUCAUUGGACUCAAGCAGACAUCGGAGCUGAAUCGCAUCCUCGAAUACAUCGACAAACUCAAGUAUCACGAUCACGUCGAUUAUGAGUUCAUUUACAAAACGCUUGAUGAGGCAUGCACGCAGGCCGGCGGAAAAAUCGACGCGCCGUAUGAUUGGGAAUACGACGCUCCGAAUAACUAA